AUGAUUAGAAAGAAACGUUAUUAUAGCAGUGGACCAAUUUUUGGUAAAAGACCUGAUGCAUUUAUUUCACAUACAAUAGUUAGUGGUCUGAUUAUUGUUCUAGUAUUUUUUAAAGCAAUUGGAUUGUAUGAGUUGAGAUGUCGCUUCCCCGAAGUUAAUUUACAAAAUUUUUUACGUCGAAGGCAAAACUCUCCUCUUACAAUUCAUCGACAACGCGAGCAAGAACUACGUGAACAAUAUUUUCAUCCUCAGCCAAGUUAUCCUCAUCGCUAUUCAGAACGUAAUCAAUAUUAUAAUGAAAAUCCAUACUAUCGAAAUACAGAAAGAAAUAAUAUGGCUUUAGGUCGUCAAAACGAGCCAACAAUUCAUCGAGAAAUGCAUCGACAAGAUUUUCAGCCUCGUCCAAAUAUUCCUGAUCAAUAUGAUGAAGAAAAUCCUCCACAAUUGUCCUCCGUUUCAUCAUUUAUAUCCGAUGAUGCAGAAGCGUAUCAAUUUGUGUUUGAUAGUCAACCACGUCCCCGCCGAAGCAUUCAAAAAGGUUUAAUUUAUUUAUUAAGGGGACACUUUAGCCGCUUUUUAGAAUGGGCUAUUAUCUGA